AUGAUGCAGCAAUCCAACGCCGAAGCCAAUCUACGCAUUGCAAGAAUUGCAGCCCAUAUUGAUCCUCCAAAUCUCCAGAUGAUGGAGGAGGAUUUGGGUCUGAAGCGGGUGAAUUGCCGGGCUAAAGGAGGAUCACCUGGGUUCAAGGUUGCUAUACUGGGAGCUGCAGGAGGCAUAGGGCAGCCACUGACUAUGUUAAUGAAGAUGAACCCGUUGGUUUCUGUACUUCAUUUGUAUGAUGUCGUCAAUACUCCUGGUGUCACUUCUGAUGUUAGUCAUAUGGACACUUCUGCUGUGGUACGUGGUUUCUUGGGGCAGCAGCAGUUAGAGGAUGCUCUUACAGGGAUGGAUCUUGUAAUUAUUCCCGCUGGUGUUCCUAGAAAACCAGGAAUGACGAGGGAUGACCUCUUCAACAUCAAUGCAGGAAUUGUUAAGACUCUUUGUGAAGCAAUUGCUAAAAGCUGCCCAAAAGCUAUUGUCAACAUUAUCAGUAAUCCUGUUAAUUCCACAGUUCCAAUUGCAGCUGAAGUUUUCAAGAAAGCUGGCGUCUUUGAUCCAAACCGAGUUUUGGGAGUCACAAUGCUUGAUGUUGUCAGAGCCAAUACUUUUGUGGCAGAAGUUUUGGGUCUUGAUCCUAGGGAGGUCGAUGUUCCAGUCGUCGGGGGUCAUGCUGGGGUUACUAUUUUACCUCUUCUAUCACAGGUUAAACCUCCAUGCUCAUUCACACAGAAAGAAAUUGACUACCUGACAGAUCGUAUUCAAAAUGGUGGAACAGAAGUUGUUGAGGCAAAGGCUGGAGCUGGUUCUGCCACACUAUCAAUGGCAUAUGCUGCUGUUAAAUUUGCAGAUGCUUGCCUUCGGGCCUUGAGAGGAGACGCUGCAGUUGUUUAUUGUGCAUAUGUGGCUUCUGAGGUGACCGAACUGCCUUUCUUUGCAUCCAAGGUACGGCUUGGCCGUAAUGGAGUAGAGGAAAUUUACCCACUUGGACCCCUCAAUGAGUAUGAAAGGGCUGGUUUGGAGAAAGCAAAGAAAGAGUUAGCUUCAAGCAUUCAGAAGGGGAUUGCCUUUGUAAGGAAAUGA